GGGACGGCGGCCGGGGCAGCGGGUGCCGCAAUCGAGGAACAGCAGCGGGGUUGGCGGCCGCGGGCGGCAGCGUAGGGCGGGCCGGGCUGGGAGACUGAGCGGACGGCUGCGCCACGGGUGGCAUUGUGUGUCCCAGUGUGCAAGAAUAGCCCCAGAAGAGGAAAGGCUGAAGCCAGAGCUCUCCAGCAGGGAAGACUCCCUCCCCCCCUGCUUCAGGCUGCUGAGCACUGAGCUGCGCUCAGAAUGGAAGCCAUCGCCAAAUAUGACUUCAAAGCUACUGCCGACGAUGAGCUGAGCUUCAAAAGGGGGGACAUCCUUAAGGUUUUGAAUGAAGAAUGUGAUCAGAACUGGUAUAAGGCAGAGCUCAACGGCAAGGAUGGCUUCAUUCCCAAGAACUACAUAGAGAUGAAGCCACACCCGUGGUUUUUUGGCAAAAUUCCCAGAGCCAAGGCAGAAGAAAUGCUGAGUAAGCAGCGGCAUGAUGGGGCCUUCCUAAUCCGAGAGAGUGAGAGUGCUCCUGGGGACUUCUCCUUGUCUGUCAAGUUUGGAAAUGACGUACAGCACUUCAAGGUGCUCCGGGACGGAGCCGGAAAGUACUUCCUGUGGGUGGUGAAGUUUAACUCUUUGAAUGAGCUGGUAGAUUACCACAGAUCAACAUCCGUGUCCAGGAACCAGCAGAUAUUCCUGCGGGAUAUUGAACAGGUGCCACAGCAGCCAACGUAUGUCCAGGCGCUCUUUGACUUUGACCCCCAGGAGGAUGGUGAGCUGGGCUUUCGCAGAGGAGACUUCAUCCACGUCAUGGAUAACUCAGAUCCCAACUGGUGGAAGGGGGCCUGCCAUGGGCAGACCGGCAUGUUUCCCCGCAAUUACGUCACCCCAGUGAACCGGAACGUCUAAGAAGCAAAAGAGAUUAUUUAAAGAAAGUGAAAAGUUGAGACCAUACACAAGAGUUACACCCACAUGCUGCCUGUCACAGCCUGUGAGGGAAUGCAGAACACCUGGCUGGGUCCCACUGGGACCCUCUCACUUAGGUUGCAACUUUGGGGGGUGGGAAGGGGCGUUUGAUUUCAUAAUGCCAAAACUUAACCUAUUGAAUUGAAUUAUGAUUUUUACUACAGAAUCUCGCCGCUGCUCCUGUUCCCCUCCCAUGUCCUUUUUCUCAUCCUUUCUUUCCUGUCCUUCCGUGCAUGACAUUUAAGGCCACAUAUAGCCCCAGCUGAUGCCAAUAAAAGAAAAGAAACCAAGUGGGCUGGUAUUUUCUCUAUGCAAAAUGUUUGUGGAGAUGGAUGGACAAAAAGAGCCGUAGUCUUCACACAGGGGUGCCCAGGGCAUCUGUGGCCCUUGGUUGGGCUUCUACCAGAGAUACCCAAGGGCAUCCACCUGCAGCCGGGAGCAUUCCAUCGCAGUUGGACUUAGGGGAAGGAGGCCCGCCGCCCACCUGUGGUCUCCUGAGAGUCAGACUGCAGGCCUGCGCCUCUCCAUACUGUUCCCUUCGGGUGUUGUCAAGAUGUUGUUUUCAUAGUGCCUUUUUUUCUUAUUUCAAGGGUGUUUUAUGAGUGGUGUUUUUACUUUCUUUUUUUUAAGUAAGUUAAAGACAGUCCAGAGCUUUUCAGCUGAUAAGUCUCCUGUCCUGUGUAAAUACUUUCCUCUCAGGGCAGGGGAAACAGGAUAGAGGAAGGAGCC